AUGCUCCAGAAAUUCAUGUUUUGUGACUCUCGUGUGCCAGCCACAAGAGAGAAGGAAUAUUAUUACCCUUUUGACCUCUGUCUGGAUGCUGAAGAGAUUACACAUUAUCCAACAAUACUAAAGGUUGAUGACAGGCAACGACUUGCUAGAGAACGGAGAGAAGAAAGAGAAAAACAGCUAGCUGCAAGAGAAUCCAUCUGGUUAGAAAAAGAAGAGAGGGCCCGGCAACAUUAUGAAAAACACCUAGAGGAACGCAGAAAGAAACUAGAAGAGCAGAGAUUAAAGGAGGAGAGAAGACGAGCUGCUGUAGAAGAAAAGCGAAGGCAGAGAAUAGAAGAAGAUAAGGAACGACAUGAAGCUGUUGUACGUCGCACAAUUGAGAGAAGCCAGAAGCCAAAACAAAGGCAAAACAGGUGGUCCUGGGGAGGAGCACUACAUAACCGCAUUAAUAACACAGAUCCAGACAGGCGAUCUGUUUCAACAAUGAACCUUUCGAAACAUGUUGAUCCAGUCAUUAACAAGCGGCUCUCCUCCUCAUCUGCAACAUUACUAAAUUCUCCAGACAGAGCUCGCCGUCUACAGCUCAGUCCAUGGGAGAGCAGCAUCGUUAGCAGGCUUCUGACGCCCACUCACUCAUUUCUGGCCCGAAGUAAAAGCACAGCUGCACUGUCUGGAGAUGCAGCAUCUUGCAGCCCCAUCAGUCCUCUGUCCUACAAGGCCAUGAACUGUAGGAAUCCAGGAGACCGAGCAAAACUUUAUGCCUCUACUGAUGCUGUUGGACGCAGGAGAACAACACAUCUUGCAGGGUCUGACAAAAAAGAAAAGGAGAGAGACCAUUUGUCAUCCAGCUUCUCAGCCAGCUUUAAAGGAGGUCAUUUUUCUUCCAACCCCAAAGCUAGAUCACCAGCUCCCUCUCCAGUCUGGCACGCGUCAAAGUCUUUGCCUUUUUUGCCUGGCACAUCCAAGCAGAUAACUUCCCCACCUGGUUCCUCCAAAGUUUCCUCUGCUCAGGCACGUCCUCCUUCUCCUGGCAAUAUCCGGCCAGUCAAAAAAGAGAUUAAACCAGAGAGUGAGAAGAAAAGACCAGAAAAGGAGGCUGAAAAGGCCAAUGAGAAGAAGACAGAAGAGAGAAAAGGAACUUCAGCAGGUGCUGGAGAAUCUGCAAGUCAGGAAGAGCUUGCUGUCCAGGCAGAGCUAGCUCAAGCAGCCAGCCCAUCCCUACCGCCUGCUCCACCAGCUCUUUCUCCAGCCCCCACAAAGACCUCUGCAGGUACAACUGACCCUGAAGAAGCAACAAGGCUGCUGACUGAGAAGAGGCGCCUUGCCCGUGAGCAGCGGGAACGGGAGGAGCAAGAAAGGAGGGAGAGAGAAGAGCUUGAAAG